CCGAGCCGAGCCGAGCCUCUGCAGCCGCCGCCGCGGCCCCGCCGCCCGCCGCGGGCGCCCACCAAGCACUUUGCAGACUCGCUUCCACCCUGCGGUCCAGUCCGCGCGGCGGGGCCCGGGCUCGGGGCGGCCGCGUCCGGGGACAGGCCAUGCAGUGAAGCCCCCCCACCCCGUCCACCUUUGCCCGGAGCCGCGGGCAGCAGCCCAGUACGUCCAGCCGGCCCCGGGGCAGGAGCGGUGCUAGGCGGGGGGGGGGGUGGCCCAGCCCGGGGACCGGGAGCCGGGCUCCGAGCUGAAGGCGGGGGAAGCGGCGCCGAAGUUUGCCUCGGACUCGCCGGGCGCUGCGGCAGCUCCCUUCGCCGAGGACUGUUGCUGCCGCCGCCGCUGCUUCAUUGCACAUUCAAGUGGAAAAUUUUCAGGAGUCAGCAGAAACAUUGUGUCCAAAAAAGACUGAGUCGCAGUUACCACCAAACCCUGGAGGAGACUCUCCCUGGAAAACUUCCCUUCGGUUUAUUUUCUUGAAAAGGCUCCAGGCUUCGGCUUGGAAAAUCCAACCGCCAAAAUUGAGCCCAGCAGCUGGAGCGGCAGUGAGAGCCCUGCCGAAAACAUGGAAAGGAUGAGUGACUCUGCAGAUAAGCCCAUUGACAAUGAUGCAGAAGGGGUCUGGAGCCCCGACAUUGAGCAGAGCUUUCAGGAAGCCUUGGCUAUCUAUCCACCAUGUGGGAGGAGGAAAAUCAUCUUAUCAGAUGAAGGCAAGAUGUAUGGUAGGAAUGAAUUGAUAGCCAGAUACAUCAAACUCAGGACAGGGAAGACGAGGACCAGAAAACAGGUGUCUAGUCAUAUACAGGUCUUAGCAAGAAAGAAAGUUCGAGAAAUUCAAGCCGCCAUUAAGGUGUCUAGUCACAUUCAGGUUCUUGCCAGAAGGAAAUCUCGUGAUUUUCAUUCCAAGCUAAAGGAUCAGACUGCAAAGGAUAAGGCCCUGCAGCACAUGGCCGCCAUGUCGUCAGCCCAGAUCGUAUCAGCCACUGCCAUUCACAACAAGCUGGGGCUGCCAGGGAUUCCACGCCCCACCUUCCCGGGGGCGCCGGGGUUCUGGCCAGGAAUGAUACAAACAGGACAGCCUGGAUCCUCACAAGACGUCAAGCCCUUCGUGCAGCAGGCCUACCCUAUCCAGCCAGCGGUCACAGCCCCCAUUCCAGGGUUUGAGCCUGCGUCAGCCCCAGCUCCCUCGGUCCCGGCCUGGCAGGGCCGCUCCAUUGGCACAACCAAACUCCGCCUGGUGGAGUUCUCAGCUUUCCUCGAACAGCAGCGAGACCCAGACUCGUACAACAAACACCUCUUCGUGCACAUUGGGCAUGCCAACCAUUCUUACAGUGACCCAUUGCUCGAAUCAGUGGACAUUCGUCAGAUUUAUGACAAAUUUCCUGAAAAGAAAGGUGGCUUAAAGGAACUGUUUGGAAAGGGCCCUCAAAAUGCCUUCUUCCUCGUAAAAUUCUGGGCUGAUUUAAACUGCAGUAUUCAAGAUGAUGCCGGGGCUUUUUACGGCGUGACCAGUCAGUAUGAGAGUUCUGAGAAUAUGACAGUCACCUGUUCCACCAAAGUUUGCUCCUUUGGGAAGCAAGUAGUAGAAAAAGUAGAGACGGAAUAUGCAAGGUUUGAGAAUGGCCGAUUUGUAUACCGAAUAAACCGCUCCCCGAUGUGUGAAUAUAUGAUCAAUUUCAUCCACAAGCUCAAACACUUACCAGAGAAAUAUAUGAUGAACAGUGUUUUGGAAAACUUCACAAUUUUAUUGGUGGUAACAAACAGGGAUACACAAGAAACUCUCCUGUGCAUGGCCUGUGUAUUUGAAGUUUCAAAUAGUGAACAUGGAGCACAGCAUCAUAUUUACAGGCUUGUAAAGGACUAACCGUGGUUAUUUAUAUAUAUAGAUAUCUGUAUAUACACACACACAUAUGUGCGCACACACACACACUCUCUCCAUGAUUGAACGACUGACUGUAAACCUCACCACGCAGGGGUGCUGCCCUGGCCCUGAGGUCACCCCAACUUUUCUAAAUCCUGUUUGAGUGAAGUCAUUUUUUCAUGUGUUCAUACUCAUUGUAGCUGUGAAGUUCUGGUACAGUUGUAAAAAGAGAAAUCAAGUUGUUUCUGUGUGUUAUUCAGAUCCACAGCCCACAGUUCCUCAGAAAGGUGAACCUUAAGAACCCAAGUCUCUGUCUGCAGAGACUUGUUUCUCGUUGUGGUAGAAAAAAAAAUUGACAGAGCAUUUACCAUUGGACAUUUACAGCCUUUAUACAAAUGUAUUUAGUGUUUUUUUUUUCCCAAUAUAAAAUUCUUGUUUUAAGAUACAAGUAAAAUUAAUCUUUAAAUAUAAAUGUAAAUUAGUACACAAAACUUAGAAUCUUUAGACUUAUCUUUGUAACAAAUUAGGGUGGAAGUUAUGAAAGAAUGUAAUUCACUAAAUUAUUUUUUAAAUGAAACUUUUCCUUCUUUUUGAAACCAAAUGUUAAAAUAUAGCCUUAAGAAAUGCUUGGUAGAAAUAUCCUAAUGAGACAAAUUUGUACUUUUUUCCUCAAGGUUAAAACUAAUCUCCUAAUCCAUUAAACUCUUGAAACAGCUAUUACAGAGGAAGAAAACUUCACCCCUUAUCCUUAACAUAUAUAGUAUAUUUAAAAAUAUAAAAUUGUAUUGUACUAAUGUGAUGAUUAUUUAAUGAAAAAGAAAAGAUGGCUCUUUUUGCAAUAAGUAGAUAAAUACUGAAAAUCUAAACUUACAAUGUUUAUAGUCUUGUGUGUGCAGUUAUAUUUUAUAUGGACAGCCAAAUUUUUUAUUAAGAUGAGUAAAUAUUUGAACCACUGAAAUUUAAUAACAAAAAUUUAAAAUUGGCAUGAAUACUGCACUGUGAGCUGCAAAUUAUAGAAACCCUGUGGCUGGGAGAAAUUUCAUCAACCAAACUCAUAAAAGGCUCAUCAGUUUUAGGAUCUCUGCUCCCCAGAAAAUCACAAGCGUGCUCACCAGCCUGUGGGUAAAUUAUUUCUGGUGAUCCAAUAUUCAUAUUAACCUGCUGUAACUAUAUGUGUACAUGUGUGUUUGUGUGUACGUAUAUACACAUGUACAUAUAUAGUUAUUCAGCACAUAUUUAUUGAACAUCUAUUCAGUGUCACUCAGUUUUCUAGGUGCUGAUAUGUGUGUAUUUCUCAAUCUGUGUCCGUAGAUCUAGGUGUAUUCGCUAAGGACACCCAUUUCCUUGACAUCUCUCAAUAAGUCACAGUACUUAUUUGACUGAGGUUGAAGAGGCUCAGCUAUCUAUCUCUGCCCUUUCCAAACAGGCACAUUUGGGAGGUUUUCUUCCUAGGAGGAAUUCAACUUUCCAACCCAAAUAUUCCAAAGCAUUGCCCAGGCAGAGUUGGUUUGAUGUGGCCACAUGUCUUGGGUUAUUUCCAUAAUUGCUUCAUUGGGAAGGGGACAGGGCAUACUCCCCAACUUCCUGGAGGAAAGUGACAUUUUUUAUAAUUGUCAGGAAUAGGUUAACACUAUUAGAACAUAAAAUGUUUUGUAAGUUGUGAAACAUGUCAAGACUUUUACGUCAAGCCGGAAAAUAAAAACUUCGUUCUGUCACAUUCAAAUAACCCACCCACCCCCUUCCCUGUCCCACCACCUGCUCUGACCCUGCUUAUAUAUUGGUUAGUAUCUGGUGGUCAUGAGGGUGUGGCUGGCUCGUGGCAAACAGAAGAACCAAGCCUGACCUCUCCCAAACCCAUGACCCUGGUCACUGGGAAGACCAAAGGAGAAAGCGCAGAACUUUCCCCUUUUGGAACGCACAUCCCUGACAUAAGCCAGUAGCAUGGUGUGUAUCUUCCCUCCGUAAAGAGACUACAGUUUGUUCCCUGAUUCCAAGUGGACCUUUGAAGAAUUGCCCUAGUGGCCCACCCUUCUAUCUGGUCUUCGGCCCAAGCAUUAAGCUUCUUCCUUGGUCAUCAUAUUUAUGAAUUCUCUCGGUCACCCCUCUUAGGAAUGCUUCUUUUGCUCCCAUCUCCUGUGUCUCUACUCAAGGUGUUACCCCCAGUCUCUCAGGACCAAGGGGCGCAAAUGAUCUUAUGUGGCUAAAAGCCACACCAUCCCAGAACUUCAGGGCAAGAGGUAUUUGGUUCACGUUUUCUCCCAGGAAUGGGGCUCUUCGGUGCUGCCAGGAGGGCUCUGAGGAUUUACUUUUUUCAAAGUGCAAGUAGAUCGAGACCCAAGAACACCAGCUAGAGGGUAGUUCUUUUGGCUGCAGAGAAGGGCGUACCCUGGUCUGCUGAACUCACAGAGUUAGGCUGGGCCCUCUGAUGCUUGUCCUCUUCCUCCGAAUGCCUUUGUAGUUGAGUUUGGGGGUUUACAUGGAUGAACUUGAGGAUUGCUUUUUGCUCUUAAAACAAGUUUACUUCUUGUCUUGUUCUUCUAAAGAUUUCUCCAGGGCAGAUAUUCUCCCUGUCUUAACCACUGGUCCAACCUCUUAGCCCUUUCUCUGUCACUCCCAAAUUAGACCCUGGGAUUAGAUUUGUGUUAUAACAUCGAAUCCAAGUCUGUUUUUGGUCUUUCACCCUUUAUGGCAGAGUCUCCUCCCUUCGUAAAGCUUUCUGUACCAUAAAGAAGCCUUUCCAAAGCUCUGUCCUCACUGCCCUUUUCUGGGUGCUCUAUCUCCUGGUUGACCCUCCACUACCAGGAUCGAUUCAGGGACAUCUUGUGCUUUCACUGGAGAGUUCGGAGGCCGCUUUCCACAGCCUAAAUAGGGAGAAGCUGAAGAACUGGGCUUUGGUCUCUUGGUAUUCAUUUUCAUCUUAGCAAGAGACCUAAAUAAAGUUGGGGCUUUUUCAAAACAUGUCCUAGAAUCCCAGAACGUCUAACCUACCCUAGACCAGGGUUUCUCAACCCUUUCUCGACACUGUUGACAUUUGGACCAGAUAAUUCUCUGGGGUGCAGGGCUGUCCUGUGCAUUGUAGGAGGUUUAGCAGCAUCCCUAGCCUCUGCCCACUAGAUACACCUUUCCCCAGUUGUCACAACCCAAAAUGUCUCCAGACAUUGCCAAAUGUGCCCUGGGGCACAGAAUUGCCCCUGGUUGAGAACCACUGCCCUGCAUCUGACAGGUCACAAAUGCCAUAUUUGAGAUUUUCUUUCUCCUUCCAUUUUACCCUGAGAAAACUUCUCUCCUGGGAGCCUUGUUUCAGGCCAUCAAGAGACAGGAAUAUUACUCAAAUGAUAUUGUGUCCAUGUUUCUUCCUGUUUCAGAACUUGUAUUUCACAACAGAAUCUCUCUGCUACAAGCAUUCUUUCCUUCCUCCCUGGGAAAGUUGGGGACAGCUGGCCACCAUCAUCCCUAUAAUCAACUCACACCUCUUUAAAGAGCAUUUCUAAUUUGCUCUUCAUUGCUUAUUUUAUCAGGUUAAAAAAAAUCCCACCCAUUUUUAUUAUUUCUCAUAAGGUUAUAGUUCUCAUUAUCAAACCUUUAAUCAUUUCAAUAAAUUUCCUCUGGUCUUCUACUUUUAGCCUUGCACUCAUUGCUUUUUUGUAGAAUUUACAGAAACCUCUGGAACAUUUCAUCUUUAAGGAUGGUGGAGAGAGGGGUUCAUUUUGGAAGAGGGCUGAUCGAAUUUUUCUUUAUUGAGCUUUAGGAAAGCACAGUCUUCAGGCAUACCUCAGAGCUAGUGCAGGCUCAGUUCCAGAGCACCACAAGAAAGCAAAUAUCACAGUAAAGCGAGUCACGCAGUGCGUAUAAAAGUUAUGUUUACGCUAUAUUGUAGUCUAUUAAGUGUGCAAUAGUAUUAUGUCUAAAAAAAAAAUCAGUGCACAUACCUUAAUUAAAAAAUAUUGCUAAAACUUGCCAGAACAAUUACAAUAGAAACUUGAAGGUCACCAUAAAAAAUAUGAAAAUAAUAAAAAAGUUGAAUUAUGAUUCAAUUAUUAAUUAUUGCGAGAAUUAUCAAAAUGUGACACAGAGACGUGAAGUGAGCAAAUGUUAUUGGAAAAAUGACGCUGGUAGACUCGUUUGACGCAGGGUCGCCACAAACCUUCAAUUUUUAAAAACUGCGAUAUCUGUGAAGCACAAUAAAACGAGGUAUGCCUGUGACCUCCAUUUUGUAGAUGAGAAAGUUGAGGCCCAGAGGGGAGAUGACUUACCCAAAGUCACCCAGCUGGUCAGUGACAGAUUAAGAGUAAGGCUCUGGGACUCCUGCCACUUAAUCCCUGGCCUCUUGGCGGGGGUCGUUCCUCUCUGGUGCUCAGGGCGGAAGAGAGAGGGAGGUUAGGACCCCCUUCCUCUGCCAGAGCAGCAGCAUCUCCUGGUGGUGAUGCUGUUUCUCUCCCUGGAGUGUCUUGUCUGGGAGGCAUCCGCGAGCAGAUAGGAAAGCUGAUGAGCCUUUUCCUUACCCUGAGGACAGUUCACCUGCCACAGGCUCUGAGUCAAAUUACUCUUCACAAAGCAUCCCAGCAGCAAAGUCCCACGCUCGGAGCAGCCAAAAAACAGCCCCCGUGCCCAGAACUUAGUGUUACAAACCCAAGUCUUCUUUAGGUCUCAGUACUCUAGUGGCUUUUGCAGUUUGUUUUUGUACAAACGUAAGUUAUUUAAAUCACACAAGAUGACAGUCAACUUUUCAAACCAGGUACCGAUAACUUGUAUGAUUUUGUCUAUGCUCUGGUACACUACACCUGUCCUAACGAAGGGUAGAACCAAUUUUGUGUUGGUGUUCACACCUGUGACAUUAAGAGGAUACGUCUGCAUUGCUUCUUUCUUUCUGUUGAUGUUUCUGUGGCAAAACCCUGCACAUGUCAUUUCUGAAAAGCCUUAAAUCUUUGCGAUGUUGCGUGUAGGGUUUGCAGUGCAGAAGGCUGCCUCGGAACUGUGAGCCCUUUUGUAAGCUGGAAGCAUUUCUCUUACUACUGUUAACUUUUGUAGGAAGUUUUCAAUUCAGAGCUGCCAAAGCGUUCAGUAAGCAGUGCCUUAGUGAUACUUAGUCGUGCCGCCAGCCUUUUCUCACACCAGUUCUCUAUGUCCCUUUACUGAUCGGCACGGUAUUUAAAAUAGAGCAAGCAAGCAUUGUUUUCAUUUUUGUUUUGUAAGCCCAUUUUUCUCCAGUUCUAUAGGAAACUGACUUCUUGGUCUGAAAUCUGCAAUGAACAGAAGUCAGUUCAUUGACCACACUGUCAAAUGUCUAUACCAAAAUGGAAGGUUUUGCAACUUCGUAGUUUACUAUGAAAAGCAAAUUGUAUACUUUUAAUGUUGCCUUUUAAAUUCAUGACCAAAUACUUAGCUAUUUGUGAAUCUUCUGCACUCUAGCAUGAAAGUGCCUUUGGUUUGAGAUUCCAGCUUAGAAAAGUGCUGCCAUAAUCACGAUAAUUUGUAGAGAGACCAAAAAUAUUCUGAGAUCACCGUAAUGCCUUUGGUUUACUGGGAUAGUAACCAGCCACAGGCCUCCAUUCGCAAGAGCACGACGCGGACCCUGCCUGCUGCGCUGUCUGUCUGCCGUGGGGGAGCACCUGCCACCCAUGCCCCCGGGGCGCACAGCGGCAGGAGGGCCCCCAGGAACUGGUGUGUUUGUGCGCCGUGACCCCGUGCGCCAUCUCCGCCCGUCACCCAGCCCUGCGUCCGCCUGAGGGAACUUGCACACAAACCGCAGACUCUCGGCCGGUGGACAGACUUGUCCUUCUCCUUAUGCUCAUGUCCAGUCUGUGGAGGCCUGCCUUUCCACUCAGAUGACAGCGCGCACUUCUGGUUUAUGCAGUGAUACCGUUUUGAAAGUUGGAAGCCUCAAACUGAGAUGACAGUGCAGAACAAAAAAAUGGGUUAGGGUCAUUACAAUUGAAGUGUUCUUCUUAGGGCGAAAAUGUUGACUCUGAGUGUUGUCUGAAUGUGCUAUGAGAAACUUCCAAAGAGCACCACUCACAAUUCGGAAUUCUCGAAGAAUGUUCCAGCCCUCCAAAGGGCAACUCUUUAGAGUCCGUGUUGGCUUUCAUCAAAACCUUGUGUAAAUUGGGAAAAUUGAUAGAGGGGAGGAAGAGGAGUGAAAAGGAUGAGAAGGCAAAAACACGAGCCAAACAAAAGACAGGACAAAAAAGACUUUUCUUUACCAAUAUAGACUUUACAGUGACAUUAGACAUCUUUGAAAGUUAGCCUCUGAAUACGUAUGGUCCGUCUGUCUCUACCUGGUGUCUUUAAGAAUACCCUCUUUGGGCUGUCUGAAAGUUCAGGAGUGAUUUCUAUCCACACCAAGUUGUGAGUAUUCAUAGAAAUUUCUACAAGAAAAAAAAAAUUAAAUGAAAAGGAAAAUUGCUCAACACAAGUUAUAGUUAGCUGCUUGAAUUCAACCCCUCCCUGUCAUGUCAGGACUACACCACAACUUGGAAGAAAUUAAUCAAAUGUUUGUUUUCCUGCUUCCCUUUUCAACUGUUACUGUGCUUUCUUUGGCAAUAGUUUUCUCUCAUUAACUCAUUACUUACAUCGUUAAGAAUGAAGGUUUUGUGUUUAAAAUUGCAUUGCAAAGGAUAGUUUCACUGAAGUCAUGCACCAUUAAAUAAGAUGAAAUAUUUGUCUUUAUUGUUCUACUUCAUAAGCCGUAAACUUGUUUUAUUCUCUGUGAAUUUGCAUUGAGUCUGUUAUAUGCCCCACUCCAUCAUUUUAGCAUUUGAAAUAGCAUUUAUGUUCCCUCUCGUUCAUCGUGAAAUGGGGUCAGAUUCCAGGAGAUUCCACCUCUAUCAUGUUGGCUCUCUUUUGUCUGUCUUCCAUUAUGAAAUUGUUUCCCCUUCCGCUUUUUCUGAGAGAGGCUGACAGAAUCUAGGUGUAAAUCAAUUGGAAACCAGUCUCUGGUUUUCUCCUUCCCUCGGUCCCUCCCUCCUUCCUUCCUUCCUUCUCUUUUCUUUUUUGCAUCAGUCAUUUUCCGUGAUUAGUUUCACUGUGUAAAUUAGAUAUUAACUGCACUUCUUUAAAAAAAAAACCAUCUCCCUGUUACCUCCUUGAAAGAGUCACUUCUGUAGGCCUUUUUCAAUAGGCUCAUGACUGCAGAUAAGGAAAAAAAAAAAAGUAAAAACAAAAACUAUGUGCCUAAAAAAAUGACAAAAAAAAGUUUUGUAACAUUUAAAAAAGAAACCUGAAUAGCCUUUAAUUCUUUAAUAUGCUUAAAUCUUAUGUAAAUCGGUUUUUGCCACGUGUGUUUGUUCACAUUCUAAAUGACUUAAUGGGAUUCUCACAGUCUGUGUCUUUGUGUCACGUGUAUGAAAUGGGCUUGUGACGUAAGCGUUUCAUCUGGUCAGUGGUUCUUUUGAUAUUGUACUGCUGCGGGGAGUGGGCUGGGGAGCCUGCCUUUAGGCAGAAGGUUCCUCUUGGGUAGAUUGGAGAGGUGGGGGGAUGGGAGCAAAUUCUCACAUACGUUUUCAUAACCUGUUUGCAGAAACUUUGAAAAGGCAUUUGGUUAAACCUCUUGGCAGUACAGUAUUCUUGUAUUUGUUAACGUCUGUGUUUAGGUACUGGUACCUUUUUGUUUAAAAAUGUUCUAAGUGUUGGCUUUAAAGUGAAUUUAUCUUUAGUAUGAUAGUUAUAUGAAAAUUAUAGGGUUUGUGUGCAGAGAAUUUUUUUAUAAAGUGCUUUGUAAAAAAAAAAAAUGUAUUCUAGCUUUCGCGGUACAUAUGUGUGAUAACUGUAAUAUCCAUGACAGUUAAGUGCAAUUAUUUCAUCACUCUAAAAAUGCUAUUUUUGUGUCAGUUCCUGCAGGUGUUUUCAUGUCUUUGCAAAGUGACACAUUUUGAUGCCUUCUUGAUAAAGUGGUAGACAUUUUGUAGCUUUCUAGAAACUUUGUAUUCAUACGGUAUCAAUGAAAAAUAAAGAAAA